AUGGUGCAUUUGCCCCCAUGCAGGCACGGCUGCGAGUCCGGCCGCAUCGUGGCCUUGAAGUGCUCUGAGUGCGGGGCGCGUGCCCGGGAUGCACGGGUCAUCGGCGGAAGCGAUGCGGCACCAGGCCGCUGGCCCUGGCAGGUCAGCCUGCACCUGGACGCCCAGCACCUCUGCGGGGGCUCCUUGGUGGCACCCGAGUGGGUCGUCACAGCCGCUCACUGUGUGCACAGUUACAGGCACCUGCCGGUCUCCCGGUGGCAGGUCUUCGCCGGGCUGGUCACGCAGGCCGUGGGUUGGCAGGCAAUUGGGGCCAUGCCGGGGAGCAUCCUCUCCCACCCCCACUACAACGACAGCAGCCACGACUACGACAUCGCGCUGGUCAAGCUCCGCACCCCCUUGCGCUUCUCGGAUGCUGUCCACGCCGUGUGCCUCCCGCCGUACCACCAGGACCUCCUCGCAGGCACUGCAUGCUGGAUCUCUGGCUGGGGAUACACCCAGCCCGGGCACGCGCACAUUGCCGAGACCCUGAAGGAAGCCCUCGUCCCCCUGAUCAGCGCCAAGAAAUGCAACGGGUCCUGCAUGUACUCGGGUGAGCUCAGCCCCAGGAUGCUGUGCGCCGGCUACUUGGAUGGGAAGGUGGAUGCCUGCCAGGGAGACAGCGGUGGACCUCUGGUCUGCCCGGACGACCUUGUCUGGCGCCUCGUGGGCAUCGUCAGCUGGGGCACGGGCUGCGCAGAGCCCAACCACCCAGGCGUCUACACCAAGGUGGCUGAAUUCCUGGACUGGAUUUAUCACAGCAUUGAGACCUAGAAGCACUGCAAAGGGCCACCUGGAGAAGCCGACCCUGGCUGUGGAGACACGGGCCAGAAGAAGGGGCCGGGCCUAAGUGACCCCCACUGCUCCGGUGACCCUCCGGCCACACGUCCCUCAGGGGAGGAUGCCCGUUUUGGGGACUGACUUUGCAGGCAGGGUGGAUGGCAAGGUGGGUGCGAGCUGUUGGCUUUGUAGGUGUGCUGCCUGCUCCUGCCUUGCCUUUCCAGCUGGAGGACAGUGCAAACGCCAUCGCCCCUGCGGAGAAAUCCUCUGCUCGAAGCCUCCCGACUCCAGAGCUGCACUCAGGGGAGAUCCCCAGAAGAGCCCGUGGGCCGAGGCAAUGGGUGGAAGAGCUCAGGGGUGCCUCUGGGAGCUGGAGUCACACCUACCCACGACAUGCCCUGCACAUAGCCCCCAGCCUCCUGGUUUCCUCCUUGCCUUGCUGCCUCCCUCGCUCAGCCCUGCUCCAUGGACUGCAGGUGCCCUUGGGGCUGAGGGCAGCAGAGGAGCAAGGCAGGGUGUGUUGUUACAUGCAAAGUGGGGAAUAAAGAUUGGGAAGUGUGUGGCUUUGUUCUUAAAAUGCAGGAUCCAAGAGACCCCGAGCAGGUAGGCCGUGUUCAGCCUCUGGCACCAGCUGGAGCCUGGAGCUCUGCCCUCGCAUGCAACUGCGGGAAGGGGUUUGCAGACUUGCAACCCAGCCGCACGGCCCACGUCUGCUUCCAGCAGCUACCCCUUCUCCCAAGCACUUGCGGGAGGCUGAGGCACAGAUUACCCUUCCCUGCAGAGUCGCUGAGCUGCAGCAGAUGGGGCGCAGGCCAAAGUCCGCACCCUGUGUCUGGGUGGAGGGCUGCGGGGGUCAGGGCGGGCUCAGGCCCUGCCGC